GCGACGCGUUUCGCGUUUUAUGGUUCCGCAACGACGCCCAGCAGCAGAGGGAGCAGUGACUGACUUUCCAGCUCACUUCGGGAGUCUCCGUGGGUUGACGUGUCGGGCAGCUCGGCAAUGAGCCAUCAUCUGUGCUGUGUAACGUCGUCCCGUGAAUGACAGGGAUUAUGGAGACGCAGGAGGACAGUAUCGACAUUGCAAAGCUGCAACGCGUCGCGUUGGGUUUAGAAUUUGCUCCUUCACAGCUUGAUGUUAAUGGACUGGGGACGGUUGGAAAACUUGACCGUGUCACGGAAGUUCAGCAAAAAUCGCCGUUAUUGUCGACUGCUCAGGAAAACGCUCGAAAGUCUCCGUCACAGACUACGCCUCCACGGUCACCCGCGAGAUUGCAAAAUGCUACAAAUGCGAUAGAUACACACUCCGAAAGCAACAUCAACCCAGUUUCGACGACUUCAGUUUUACCGGCAGACAAAAUGACCUCUGCAGAUACCGUCCCUUCAGACACGCAGGUCAUCUCCCAGUCCGUGUACGACGAAAUUAUCCGGAAGAACCAGGAGGCCGCCGACAAUGCCCAGGACAGCGAUUUGGGGGAUCGAGCAACGCUCAUGACCCUUCAUGAGGGCGAUAGCGGCCAUCUGGAUCUGUUGUCUGGCUACGAUCAUAUUCAUACCGAAGGAGUCAACGAGGACCUUGAGGAUCAGAGUAGCACCAAACUGGGUGAAUCCUCGCCCAUGCUGUAUCAGCCAAACCCGUUUCCCGAGUCCCAGCGGUUUCUGGCGAAGACUCCUAUAGCAGCAAUGAAGCGUGUUCGUUCGGAUGGUUUCACUGGAUCUCCCUCCGGUUCACGGAAUCCCCUCACGGCGGAUGUCGGGCCAAGUAGUGGGAUCAUGGCGCUGAGCCAGGUCUUUCGGUCUACUCAGGCACCGUCCUCGCCACUGGUGAAUGGCCAACAAUCGGAUCCUCUGUCCGACCGUCCUUCUCCCAAUAUUCCUAUCCAAAGUCAUCCGCUGGCUACGACGCUCUCCUCGCCAUACAAUAACCUCGCUGCAACCUUCCCGCGUGACUCGUGCGCGCAGCGACUGAGCUACAUCAGCAUGGAGGAAUCGCAAGCCAAUCGGGACAAGAUUCUGCAUGAAAGAAUGACACGUUCUGCGGACCAUGUUUACUCGGAUCAAAGUGAUGGAGAAUUUGACAAGGAAUCCAGCUUUGUUGAACGGAUGAGGCGCCGAAAGAUGGUGAAUGACGAAGCUGAUGCGCAACUCGUUGAGCUUACAGCACCUGCGAGGCCGAGUAGCCGACAGGGAAGACAAGCCAGGGCGUUGAAUCCACUGUCUGAAGCGGUAACAGGGCCAGAUUGGACUGAUGGGUCUGUUGCGCCUGUCGAUUCCAGUACGGAGCUUCCGCAUGGAGCUCUAAGCGAGGAAGAGACGGAACAAGAGCAAGAGGAUCAGGAGCCGACUCCGCGGGCUCGGCCCAUUGGUUCGACUGAGGAAGAUAAAGAAAACUGCGAAGACCCCUCCACUACGAUGGCUGCUGCUGCCAGUGCGCAUGACCGCCUAUCACUGGCCCUCGCCUUGCAUGAGAGUCCAUGUCCUGACAAGGAAGUGAUAAGAGGGCGGCGAGAGUCGCUUCGGCACGCUGUACAGGACGAGCAUUUGCAUGGCCAGUCAUCACAGGUGUCGGUUGUGAAAGACUCCCAGCGCUCUCCUGGUCGGGACCCUGGCAAUGACACAGAGCAGUGGCGGACAAGUUAUGCUGGCUCACAGGGACAGGUGGAACCUUUGUCUCGUGCGGAAAGAAUCACUUCCUCGCCUAUAAAACAAGCCCGUAUGUGUUCAUCUCCCCCCUCGGGGUCUCAACGCAGCAAACGAUCGGUCAAAUUUGAUGCCCAUGCCAUAAGCCAACCUGGAUCAGAUGGGGACAGUCCAUCGCGCUCUCCCACCCCGCGGCCCUCAUCGGCUCACCGAGGUAGCAUGAUUCCGUCAAGCAUGCUGGCUGUCCAGAGGCCUACGAGCACAAGCGAUAGGUCGAUGCUUGAUCAUCCAGAAAAGUCAUCAUCGAUGCCUUCGCGCGUGGCUGAAACGCCCGUUGCUCCAAGAACCUUUGCCGAAGCCAUUCCAAACACGAGCAUCCCAGAAACUAGUCCCACCCGUCUUGGUCCAGGAUGGCCGAAUGGCGAUGGCACCAACGAUGCAGCCGAUCAAGAGGAUGAUGAUUUACCGCCAGUCUACACGGAUCCGCACGAACGAGGAUCGCGUUCGCAGCCAACGGUUCCCGAUAGUUCGUCACCUUUGAAACCCUCUUCAUUCCACAAUUCGAAGAUUCUGUCCAGUCCAAGUGGCCGACAGCGCAGGGCGCUCACAGAAAUCGCAGCCGAUGCUUCACCGCAAAUGGGGGCCGGUUACUUCAAUCUGGACUUCAGUAUUUUGUCUGCCGAUGAUCGCGAGUUUCGGUCUGCGGUUGCAAUGUCUCCUAUCCCACCGAGAAAGAAGCGCCGCGGCAAUGAUGGCCAGAGUGUUUAUGCCUCCGACCCAGUAUUUCCUGUUACGCCUCGUGCAACUACUCCCGCGCCUCGGGCUGCGGAUAUGGCCACUAUACCUGAGAUGGAGGUGGAGACAGCGACCAAGCCUGUGUCCACGUUUCAGAGACGGUCACGGCCUCCGAGAGCGGAAAGCGUGUGGGACAUGGACGAUACUCCUCACUAUCACGUUUCGCGCAAAGAGAGAUCUCGGCUUCUAGCUCGCUCCCGUCCAGUGGGACGACCGCCUGAGGCUGAGCCUGAACCGGCCCAAGAACAGCCUGUCCAUCAUGACCCACCGGCGAGUUCUAUACCGGAAGAGCCGCCCAGCGAUGUUAAUGUACCAGACUCGACCGAGGCCCCAGUUGAUGAUGAGCCAAUCUCAGAGAAUUUGCCUCCAGUUCAGCCUGCCCAGCCUGCAGUCCAUCACGUCCCUAUCGCUGUCAACCAAGUGCUAGCCCCGUGGAAUGGACCAAAACGGGCCUAUUACCCUGCAACGUGCUUUGGCAAGCCAUUCGGCACAGCGCAGUCGCGGUAUCUGGUAAAGUUUGAAGAUAGCGCUCCGGUUGAGAUUCCUACUGGUACGGUGAAACGACUCGAGUUGCGUGUUGGUGAUGGUGUGAAGGUGAACAUGCAGAAUGUCCCCAAGGUGACCCAUAUCAUCUCAGGGUUCGCCAACAAGCUCGAUGUGAGCGACAUCGAACAGGGAGCGGCGAAUGGAAUGAUCCCAAUGACCGAUGUGUAUGGGCAUUCUGCCGUUAUCCUGACACCAAAACAGCGCAAAAGCCUCCCAGGUACAGGGCUCGCAGUCACCGAGAACCGUAUUACAGUGCCAAUCUCACGCAUCUACUUGGACACGAUUCUGUGGAAUCAGUUGAAAGAUCGGGCAUUCAGCUACGACUCUGGGCCUGGGGUUUCUGAGAGUGGGCUGCAGACACCUGACAGGCCUUCCACGCCCAUGUCGCCUGGCGCUCGACUCUCGCGCAGUAUCCGCUUCUCCACCGGCCUGUUCGCGGGUAUGGUCUUUGCCGUGUCCUAUGGAGAAAACAACGAUGCCAAGUCGCGUGUCACCAAGAUGAUCCUAGAGAACGACGGCCGCAUUCUCGAGGAUGGCUUCAACGAAUUGUUCGAACUACCUCCUCCUGCCCCAGCGGCCACACCGACCAAAUCCUUCACUGGCUCUGAACAUGGCUAUCUCCGGCUGACUAGCGGCGCCGCCGAUGUGGGAUUUGCCUGUCUGAUUGCCGACAAACACUCCCGUCGGUCGAAAUACAUGCAAGCUCUGGCGCUCAAUCUCCCCUGCCUCUCAGACCGCUGGAUCGAGGACUGCGUUACUAGACGACAGAUUGUCGACUGGGAGAUGUACUUGCUGCCAGCCGGCGAAUCGACCUACCUCAACGGUGCGACCAAGUCUCGGAUCCUGACCCCAUACUCGGCCACGGAGGCUCGACUGUCCGAGACCAUCGCCGGACGACCGAAUCUCCUGCACGGACAAUCCAUGCUUCUGGUGACGGGCCGCAGCGGGCGAACUGACGAGGAGCGACGAAAAGCGUAUCUCUUCCUGACGUACGCGUUGGGGGCGUCGCGAAUCGAGCGGGUACCUGACCUCAAGACAGCCCGUACGAUCCUGAGUACGGGUGACGGCAGCUGGGACUGGAUCUAUGUUGACGACGACGAUCGAACCUCGGUGAAAGCGAUGUCCGUGAGCGCGAGUGCGUCGAAGAAACGAAAGCGGUCCCGACUGACGGAGUCCAUCAGCAGUGAUGAUGUGGGGAUGGACCAUGUCAAGAUUGUGGGCAAUGAGUUUGUGUGUCAGAGCUUGAUCUUGGGACGGUUAUUUGCGUAAUAUGAUGUGCUUGAUGUUUGUUAGAUUGCAA